CUGACAGCUCGCUGACAGGCAGGGCAUUCCCGCAUCAAAUCAGCGCUAUAGUUUUUCUCAAUAAUAAUACCGAACAAAUCAAAUCGCAAUUAGAAUUAAUAUUUAAUUUAUUAGUAGUUACAGAUUGAAACGAUUUGUUUUGUAAUGCCUAACUGUUGAAGCGAAGUUAAGCAUUCAAAGCCAAGGUGCUUUAUUUCUCUGACACGACAAAGUAACCAAGUUAACAACAUUUUAUGUAGAACAUUCAGCAUUUUUAUAGAAUUGCAGGAUUUAUUGAUUGGAAGGUGCCGAUAAAAGAAGGCAAUCAUGAACCUUUCAGAUUCCUCUGAUGAAGAUUCAAGCAGUGAUGAAUGCCCUGUUCCAACAAAGCGUUCCCGUGCUGACACGCAUGGUGCUUCAUCCACAACCUCCCAUGGAUCUGUGGCUCAAGAUUCAGAUGAUGACUCUCCAGGCCCUCAGUAUACAGAUAAGUACCCCACAGAAACUAAGCCAAGUAAAAUUAAACAUACCUAUACUGAUCAAAGUCCAGGGAGAUCAAACAGAUUUAGCAGAAGUAGCCUGAGUGAAAAUUGUUCCUCUCCAAAUGAACGUGACGAUUAUCGGCCAAGUUUUCAUGAUAAUGAUGGUGAGGAGACAUCUAGACGUGCAAGCUUUCAAGGAUCUGUUGACAACACAUUUUAUAGUAAAUCAUCUGACAGCCAAAGAGAAUACACAAGGUCACAAUUUUCAGGAGCAGAACCUAAACGAGCCAGUAGGCUUAGCUAUACGGACCAGAGUCCAGAGCAAUCUAACAGAUUAAGUAGGAGUAGUCUUAGUGAGCCAUGUUCGUCGCCCAAUGAACAGUAUGACCGACCAGGUUUUAAAGAUGAUGGAGACGAUAGAGCAGGGUGUUCAAGUUUUCAAACAUCCAACGAUAACACCUUUUAUAACAAUUCUGAAAGCCAAAAGGAGUUGGAUACAUAUUCCAGUGGUUAUUCUGAGAUAUCUAAAAGGAUGAUGAGCAAAAUGGGUCACAUGCCUGGCAAAGGUUUGGGUAAAUUUGAAUCUGGUAGAGUAGAACCAGUCCAGGCCUCCACCCAGAAGGGCAGAAGAGGUUUAGGUUUGAAGGCCUCAGUUGUUGGAGAUGCACCCAAGGAAUUUAAAUGGACUCCUGAUGAAUCUCCUCCCGAAGCUACAGAGGAAGUGUUAUGGAUGAACACGCCCCCAGAAGAGACCUUGACAGCAGAUAUUUUGAAAAAAUGGCUGAGAAAGGAUACCAAAAAAUUAACUAUAGAUGACGAGUAUGAUUUUGUAGAUCCACAAAUACUUAGAGGAAUUUUAAAAUCCAAGAAUAUGUUCGAUAACUUGGAUGGUGAAGAUAUGAGGAGUGCCAGAUUUCGCAGCAAUCCCUACGAAACUAUCGGAUCAGUCAUAUUCUUAAACCGUGCAGCUGUUAAGAUGGCUAAUAUGGAUUCAGUGUUUGAUUAUAUGUUUACAAAGCCCAAGAAACAGAGUGGCGAGUGGGCGGUAGACAAAAAGGACUUGUUAUACUUUGCGGAUGUGUGCGCUGGCCCCGGCGGCUUCUCUGAAUAUGUCUUGUUUAAGAGAGGAUGGAGGGCAAAAGGUUUUGGAUUUACUCUAAAAGGCUUGAACGAUUUCAAGUUAUCUGAUUUCCACGCGGGCACUCCAGAAACAUUUAAUCCUUACUAUGGAGUGAAAGACGAUGGCAACAUUUUCGACCCUGCUAACUUGUCUUCACUAAAAGAUUUUGUUUUGAAACAAACUGAUGAUGUUGGAGUACACUUUCUUAUGGCUGAUGGAGGAUUUUCUGUGGAAGGCCAGGAGAACAUUCAAGAGAUAUUGUCGAAGCAGCUGUAUCUGUGCCAAUGCCUUGCGGCGCUGAUGCUCGUGAGGACGGGCGGCCAUUUUGUCGUGAAACUGUUCGACUUGUUCACCGCAUUUAGCGUGGGGCUCGUCUACAUCAUGUACAGGUGUUUUGAAAAAGUGUGCAUUCACAAACCAGUAACAUCUCGGCCCGCCAACUCGGAGCGGUACCUGGUGUGCAAGUGGAAGAAGCCGAACACCGACGCGGCCGAGCAACACCUGUUCUCCGUCAACUCGAUACUGUGGAACAGUCCCAAGAAGAACACGGACGUCGCCGAGCUGGUGCCGUUGUCUGUCAUGCAAGAAGAUCAGGCGUUUUAUGAAUACAUAUAUAAGAGCAAUUGUUCAAUUGGUGAAAAACAAAUAAAAAAUUUGCUGAAAAUCGCUGCAUUUUGCCAAGACAAAAAUUUAAAGGAAGUAAACCAAGCUGAGAUGAGAGAAAAAUGCUUAAAAUUAUGGAAUCUUCCUGAUGAAGUGCGUAAGAAACCAGCUAAAGUUUACCCAAAGGACAUGUUCUCGGACAUCAUGAAGGCAGCGAGUAGCAAAUCCCAUACUCCGUACUCAUAUAAAAAUGAUAAUAUGAAUUCGCCGCCGCGCUAUUUGGAGAAACCACCGGACAUUGCGAACUUGAUUAGAAAUGUGUACGACUGGCGAUUCACUUUCUUGUCUAAUGGGAAGGGUAACCAGAAUUUGACAAUGUAUAUAGGUUGCGGAGGAAAACUUGUGCACCAACUAAUUAACACAAGUUGGAAAUAUUUAUCUAAUAUACAAGUUAUUCUGCCUGCGAAAACGUUAUUGUAUGGAGAGUUAGUCCGUGAGUAUAACGGCCAGGGUUCCAAACAGAUGUACAGCAACGCGCUGCACGUCAUCGACGCCGUGAUGCUCGGCGGGAUCGAUAUAUCGCAGUAUUCACUUGCUGAUCGUAUCAAUCAAUGUAACAUGUUCUGCAACGCUCUGGAGAAACUGGGUAACAAUGAAAUUGUGCCCAUACGAUGCAAGAGGUUCUUUACACUGGAGACAUUCCCGUCAACAAUGGCUAACUUGGAGUAUCGAGCCAUGAAGUUUACGAAGCAAGCACUCACUGUUGACAUCCCGAAGCGAGGCCGCAGGCAAGACGACAACUUGUUCACCACUGUCGGCGCAUUACUUUUUAUAAAGGAAAUUAAGGACCCAUGGAUGGCGCAAAUUUCAAAGAAGAGUGGAGAAAGGUAUUACCAUUAUAUGGGACCAAACAGGAAAUCUAUCAGCCAAUACGAAUUCCCCAGUUCAGCCUGUUUAGACAUGAUCGCCGCUUACAACAACAGAGUUUUGUGGAACUGGGAGGGGGCAAUUGCUAUCUAUGAAGGUCAAUCGAAGAAUGGCGCUACGAGGGCAGAUAUGGAAGAAUAUGUAAAAAGUAAAGUGUAAAUCUUCUACUGACGACUGUAAAAUGAAUUUAUUCUUGGACAUUUUUUUCAAUAUAUACAAUAUUUUAUUAAUAGAUGUUAAAAACAUGUACUGAAUGGGAUAUUACGUGUCUAUGUCUAUGUUAAUGGUAAACAUUGUGAACUGUACUUAUUUAUAAACGCACAUUUGAGCAUAUGUAAAGGAUAACAAAAAAAAAAAGAGAAUUUUCGGAGGCCUUUCAAAAUAACUAUGGGUACUAAAAUAUAAGCGAUUGUUUAUUGGGGCUUAUACAAUGAUGAUAAUAAUAAUUUAAUGCAGGUGAAAACUUCGUUUGCUUGUUUGAUGGUGCCUGUUAGGUUUCAAAGAUUAUUUUGUUAAUUUAGGUCGGAUGAUUUAUUUUGUUCGUUAUCAUCCUUGUUGAUCUAGCUAGCUUGAAAUCAUAUAAUCUUACUUCAAGUCCUUAGUUCAGGCUACAAAAAUUUUUGUACGCUUUCUUGAAUACAAUAUUAUAAGUAUACAUAGAGAAAUGGCGACAUGUCUCAGGUGUACUAAGUGACCCUCGAGGCUUUUAUGAAAUUUACUUAAUGAUAAAAUAUUUAAAACGGUUGUAAGACCUGUUGUGCUGUAUGAAUCAGAAUUUUAGGCGGUAAAAGGGACGGAUAGUAGGAAAAUGCAUGCGAACGAAAUGCGUAUGUUUGUGAUGGAUGUGUGGUGUGACGAGGAGUAAGAAUAGAUAAAAUAAGGAAUCUAUACUAAUAUUAUAAAGCUGAAGAGUUUGUUUGUUUGAUUGAACGCGCUAAUCUCAGGAACUACUGGUCCGAUUUGAAAAAUUCUUUCAGUGUUAGAUAGCCCAUUUAUCGAGGAAAGCUAUAGGCUAUAUAUUAUCUCCGUUUUCCUACGGGAACGGGAACCACGUGGAUAAAACCGCGCGGCGUCGGCUAGUUACUCAUAAAUUGAAAAUGUUUAAUUGAACUUUCUUAUGAGAAAAUAUACGUAAAUAAUGCAGUUUAAGAUUCAAUCUAAAGAAAAUAGCGAUUUCUAAGUAUAGAAAGAUUUAUGGACAUUUUAGUGGACGGCGUGUAUACUCUCCCGGAGUCCCCUUACUAACAAACUAGUCUUUACUAAUAUUAUAAAGCUGAAGAUUUCGUUUGUUUGUUUGGUUGAACGCGCUAAUCUCAACAACUACUGGCCCGAUUUGAAAAAUUCUUUCAGUGUUAUAUAGCCCAUUUAUCGAGAAAGGUUAUAGGCUAUAUGUGAAAGGUUAUAGGCUAUAUGUAUAUUAUCCCUGAACUGUAUUCCUACAAGAACGGGAACCACGCGGGUGAAACCGCGCGACGACAGCUAGUGAGUAUAUAAGAGGAAGUCUGAGUAUGACGCCAAUGGCAGAAAAAUAGUGGGUAGCUUGGUAUGCACAUGUACUGCGGAAGGAUGAAAGUCAUAUUACUAGAAAAAUGUUGAAUUUGCAAGUGGAAGGACGCCAAGAGGAGAGGAAGGCCAAAGAAGAGAUGUUUGGAGUGUUCUACAGGAGGACAAUAGCCGAAACAGUGUCAUUCUAUGUAAGCUAAUUGAUCACCUUUCCCAAAAUAAUCUAUGUAUAAUAUAGGAUAGUAAAUUAUUCCGUUGGUUAGCUGACUGCUAAUCAGGUCGUGACGUCACUUAAAUCCCGUCUAUUGUAGCUCAUCGUGCGUUUACUACUGUAUAAUAUACUUUAUGUCGACUUAUAGAAUAAGAUAGAUAAGUUCUUUGAAAUGUUACCUUAAUUUCAUAACUGGGUUAUAGUUAUAUUCUAUAACUAAAAAUAUUAGGUAUCUACCAAAUUGAGUUUUAAAAACUAUUUUCCUCUAUAUGUUCAGUAUUCAUAAACAAAUGAUAUGGGUUGUUAAAAAUACAUAAUACAAUAUUUAUACACUCUUAGCAAAUACUAUUUGUAUCUGUCUGUAUUUGUAUAUGUCUAUGCAUUCGUAUACUUGAUGUGAAGUAGAAUUGACUUUUUUACAACUAUUGAUUUUAUAAAAAGAAUCAAAGACUUGAGAAACAUUUGCAGAUUUUUAUUGUUAUUUUAAAUGGGAUAUUUUAUGUAUUUAUAGUCCGCGGGCCAGGUCAAUCUUUUCCUCUCGGGUGAUAUCUCAUACUCGAAUUACGAUAGUCAAUCACUACACCUUGUGGGCAUAGCUGAUUUUAACAUAUUGAAGCUAUAAUUUCAUAUUUUCGCUAUAAGGCGUAAAUGAUGGCAAAAAUCGUUGGUCUUUAUACAUGUUUGAAAGCUACCGCUGUUCAAUAACUUUCUUAAUAAAAGCAGUCAGCCUGCUUUCUUCUUCACACAAGAUAAAAUAAAAUGUUAAUUGUAAAUUACAAAUUGUAAUAACAUAAUUAACCAGAGCAUCUGCAGAGUUUCUUGGCGGCAAGCAAAAUCUGCUUUUCGAUGUAGUGGUAGAGGGUAGUCACUGUUCAUUGAAUGACGCGAAUUAUAAAAAUGGUUUUUAUUUGAAUUAUCACCCAAGAGAAACAUGUUUGUGGCAUACUUUUACUGGCUCACAAACUAUUCUUUAAUUUAAGUCUUAAACAUAGAUAAGUGUAAGUCAAUGUUAACUGUUACUUUUCGGAAGAAAUAUUAUUAAAAGAAAGUAAAAUAUU